AUGCGGCCCUGGGCGCUGCCGCCGCCGCUGCUGCCGCUGCUGGCCGCGCUGCAGCUGCACGGGGCCCCGCAGCGCAACGUGCUGCUGCUGCUGGCGGACGAUGGCGGCUUCGAGAGCGGCGCCUACAACAACUCCGUCAUCCGGACACCCAACCUGGACGCGCUGGCGCGGCGCAGCCUUGUCUUCCAGAACGCCUUCACCGCCGUGAGCAGCUGCUCCCCGAGCCGCGCCAGCAUCCUCACUGGCCUGCCCCAGCACCAGAAUGGGAUGUACGGGCUGCACCAGGACGUGCACCAUUUCAACUCCUUCGACGGCGUGCGAAGCCUGCCCCUGCUGCUCCGCCAGGCUCACAUCCGGACAGGGAUAAUCGGGAAGAAGCACGUUGGCCCGGAGGCCGUAUACCCCUUCGACUUCGCCUACACCGAGGAGAACAGCUCCGUCUUGCAGGUUGGGAGAAACAUCACUCGGAUCAAGAUGCUUGUGCGGAAGUUCCUGCAGAGCCAGGACGAGAGGCCUUUCUUCCUGUACGUCGCCUUCCACGACCCGCACCGCUGCGGGCACUCGCAGCCCCAGUACGGGCCCUUCUGCGAGAGGUUCGGCAACGGCGAGAGCGGCAUGGGCUGGAUCCCCGACUGGCGGCCGCAGCGCUACAGCCCGGGGGACGUGCAGGUGCCCCACUUCGUGCCAGACAUGCCGGCCGCGCGGGCAGACCUGGCCGCCCAGUACACGACCAUCGGCCGCAUGGACCAAGGUGUGGGGCUGGUGCUGCAGGAGCUGCGCCGCGCCGGCGUCCUCAACAGCACGCUCGUCAUCUACACCUCCGACAACGGCAUCCCCUUUCCCGGCGGCAGGACCAACCUGUACCGCUCGGGCACGGCCGAGCCGCUGCUGCUGUCGUCGCCCGCGCACACCGGGCGCUGGGGGCAGGUCAGCCAGGCUGUCGCCAGCCUCCUCGAUCUCACACCGACCAUUUUGGACUGGUUCUCCGUCCCCUACCCAACCUACAGCAUCUUCGGCAGAAAGGAAGUGCAGCUCACAGGAAAGUCGCUGCUGCCAGCGCUGGAGCGGGAGCAGCCCUGGGCCACGGCCUUCAGCAGCCAGAGCCACCACGAGGUCACCAUGUACUAUCCCAUGCGUGCCAUCCAGCACCAGCAAUUCCGCCUGGUCCACAACCUCAACUACAGGAUGCCCUUCCCCAUUGACCAGGACUUCUACGUCUCGCCCACUUUCCAAGACCUGCUCAACCGGACCAGGGCCGGGCAGCCAACCCACUGGGACAAGACCCUGCACGAGUAUUACUACAGGCAGCGCUGGGAGCUGUUCGACUGCAGCCGCGACCCCGGCGAGAGGCACAACGUGGCCGCGGACCCCCGCUACGCCGUUGUCUUCGAGCGGCUUCGCUCACAGCUCUUGAAGUGGCAGUGGGACACGGGCGACCCGUGGGUGUGCGCCCCGGAUGCUGUCCUGGAGGAGAAACUGAGCCCCCAGUGCCGGCCGCUGCACAACGAGCUGUGACCCUGGCUUCGCCUCGGGGCCCCCUGCGGCACCCGCUGCCCCAGGGCGAUGCGGGCACCUGCUGGGCUUGGUGGCCUCUGCCCCUGUCCUUGUCCUGUGCAGCCGUGGAGCAGCACUCACAGUCAGCAGGUUCAAGGUCAGCACCUGGAGCUUGCAGCCCCAGCGCUGCGCUGCGAUACUUUGCAAUUGCAAUUGCUGAUUACUUUGCAAUAAAGCCCUUGGAGAAGGGCUCAGCUUUU